GUUUGCUGAGAGCGCGUGGUUUGAGUCGGAGCUCUUUCAAACUUAUUCUUAAUACAUCGUUUAUUCUUGUUAUAUCUUAAGACUUGUGUUUUAAAUUGUUAUUCUCCGAGGGUAAAACAUAUCCUUAAAUAUAUCCCAUACCAAAAAUCGUACUUAAACGCACAGAUAAUUUAUUUUUAUCGGAUCACUCGCUAUUAGCCUCAGGCUGUUAGCAUUCCCAGCCUGCCUGCUUACUGCUUAACACACUGUUCUCGUUACUACAUCACUAAUGGCUAAUGUUUCAGAUGUGUUUGUACCUCUGUGUGCAGAUGAGGAAACGAUCGCACUUCAGUCGGAACUGGAGGCUGUGGAGAAGCAGAUCCAGGAUCUACUAGAGAAGCAGACACGGCUGCGAGAACGAAAAACGGCGCUGGAAACAUCCAGAGCUGACGCUCGCAAAUCCGCGGUAAGUUUUCAUCGCGAUUUUAAUACUCCUUCCACUUCUACUCCGCGUGUUUCUCUGCACAGAGCCCAGGCUUCGAGAACACGGUCAGCCCAAAUGAACUUCACUCCUGCACCGGCACACCCACGGCGAAAGGCGCGAGCUAGGACUGGAGCGAUGACCCAACCGCCGCCACCGGUCUUCGAGAUCCCGACCAGGAACCGCUUUGCCGCCCUCUGCGAGACGGAAUGCAACGCUGUGGUCAUCGGAGACUCAAUCGUCCGGAACGUACCUGCGAUCCUGAAGGACGAUGCUAACGUCGGAGCUGUCGUGCUGCACGCGGGGGUGAAUGACGUCAGGAUGAGGCAGUCGGAGAUCCUGAAGAGGGACUUCAGGAGUCUGAUCGAGACGGUACGCAACGCAUCGCCCACAGCGAGGAUCAUCGUAUCAGGGCCGCUUCCUACCUACCGACGAGGGAAUGAAAAGUUCAGUAGACUAUUUGCUCUAAAUAAAUGGUUGAUGUCAUGGUGUAUUGAACAGAAGCUGCUCUUUGUUGAUAAUUUUGAUCUGUUCUGGGAGCGACCUAGGCUCUUCCGCCCUGACGGCCUGCACCCCAGCAGCAUCGGAGCGGUUCUUCUGUCUGACAACAUCUCAAAGACGCUACGCACCGCUUGACUACGUCUCCCAGCGGGAGAGAUUCCGCCAGGC